UUCUGGUGAAUUCGGGAUCCAGACACGAAGCGAAAUAUCUCAGUGGUAUCUCGCACUUCUUGGAGAAGCUGGCGUUCUCUUCCACAGCUCAGUUUGGCAGCAAAGAUGAAAUUCUCCUCACCUUGGAGAAGCAUGGAGGCAUUUGUGACUGCCAGGCAUCGAGGGACACCAUCAUGUAUGCAGUGUCUGCUGAUGCCAGGGGCCUGGACACCGUGGUCAACUUGCUGGCUGAUGUAACCCUGCAGCCCAGGUUAUCAGAUGAAGAAAUUGAGAUGACCCGAAUGGCCAUCAGGUUUGAGCUGGAGGAUCUGAACAUGAGACCUGACCCCGAGCCUCUGCUGACAGAAAUGAUCCACGCGGCAGCCUUCAGGGACAACACAGUGGGGCUGAACAGGUUCUGCCCCGUGGAGAACACGGACAAAAUCGACCGUGCCGUGCUGCACUCCUACCUGAGCAGCUACUACACCCCAGACAGGAUGGUGCUGGCUGGGGUGGGCAUUGAGCACGAGCAGCUGGUGGAGUGUGCCAGGAAACACCUGCUGGGCGUGGAGCCCGUGUGGGGCUCGGGGCAGGGCAGGGCUGUGGACAGGUCCGUGGCUCAGUACACCGGAGGCAUCAUCAAGGUUGAAAAAGACAUGUCAGAUGUGAGCCUGGGCCCUACUCCCAUCCCAGAGCUCACCCACAUCAUGAUUGGCUUAGAAAGCUGCUCAUUUUUAGAGGACGAUUUCAUUCCUUUUGCUGUGCUGAACAUGAUGAUGGGAGGUGGUGGCUCUUUUUCAGCUGGAGGGCCUGGCAAGGGCAUGUUCACCCGGCUCUACCUCAAUGUGCUCAACAGGCACCACUGGAUGUACAAUGCCACCUCUUACCACCACAGCUAUGAGGACACAGGUCUGCUGUGCAUCCAUGCCAGUGCAGAUCCAAAACAGGUUCGGGAGAUGGUGGAAAUCAUCACCAGGGAAUUCAUCCUCAUGGCAGGAGCAGUGGGAGAGGUUGAACUUGAGAGAGCAAAGACACAGCUCAAGUCCAUGCUCAUGAUGAACCUGGAGUCUCGGCCAGUGAUCUUUGAAGAUGUGGGGAGGCAGGUUUUGGCAACAAACACAAGGAAGCUACCUCAUGAGCUCUGUGACCUCAUCAGUCAGGUGAAACCCAGCGAUAUCAAGAGGGUGGUGACUAAGAUGCUGCACAAGAAGCCAGCAGUGGCUGCCCUGGGGGACCUGACAGACCUGCCCACGUACGAGCACAUCCAGGCCGCGCUCUCCAGCAAGGACGGGCGGCUCCCGCGGCUCUACCGCCUCUUCCGAUAG